GCUGCUGUCACGGAAACACAUAUUACGGCACUGAAGACGAGUACCGCCUGGUGCGAGAUCUUAUGAAGAGCUACAACAAACAAGUCCGACCCAGCCUGGGCAACAGCCAGUCCCUCAACGUCACAUACGGAGUUGCCCUAGCACAGAUUAUUGACUUGGAUGAGAAAAAUCAAAUUAUAACUACUAAUUGCUGGAUUAACCAGAUGUGGAUUGACCCGAAGCUCCGGUGGGAACCUAUGAAGUAUGGAAACAUUUCAACAGUUAACGUGCCCUUUGAUACUGUCUGGCUGCCAGAUAUUGUGCUUUACAACAGUGCCCACAUCACCUCGGAGUCGGUGAGUACAAACGUGAUACUGCAGUCGAGUGGAGAAGUCAUGUGGCUCUCCAUGGUGAUCUUCAAGAGUUCCUGUGCCAUUGACGUGAAGUAUUUCCCGUUUGAUACACAGCACUGUCUUCUGGAGUUCGCCUCCUGGACGUAUGAUGCCAACAGCGUGAAUCUCCUUGUCAUGGGAGGGGACAAGGGAGAUCUGUCCAAUUACAAGAACAGCACCGAGUGGGAGUUG